AUGUUAAAUACGAUAUCAGUUACAGCGGCAACUCAGAAUUGCCACGAAGCAAAUGGAUGCAUCGAAGGAGUGAAAAGUCACUCAAGGACUGUCGUUCCUCUUAAUAAAGUCAGCAGCGUCGAGCGUGCGUCCGAAACAUUAUUCAGGGCAUUUGCAAAAUCCACAGCAAACGACUAUCUUUUGAAAAAGUUCUCCAGGAUCCCACUCAAUGAGAAUGUGUCGCGUACUAGGUUCAACGCAAUGAUUUACUACUACACGAGCUGGUUUCACGACCUGGGUGGCGAAGUCGUUGAAGCUAACGAUUACGAUGCGGUUGGAAUUUGGUCACUCCCAGGAAGGCAUCUGCCAGCCACUCUCAGCGAGGAUCCAAAGUUUAACAAAACUUUUUUCGAAGACCUCGAUAAGAGGAAAUACGAAGUCAUUCCGCCGGGAAUGGGAUACUACUAUCUGUUUAUGGUGGGCAAAGACCCUUCACAGCCAAAAGUUCGCGGUUCUGUGAAGACUAUGCUAAAUCACUACAAGGAAAGGGCAGAUAAGGACAACUGUGCAAUUGUUCUGGAAGCCAUAUCCGAACAUGCAAGAUCUGUCUACGAAUACUUUGGCUUCAAAGUUUACUUGACAUUUAAAUAUGGGGAAUCAGAAGUCAACACCCAGGGAGUCCUAGACCUCAAUGGCGAGGGCUUCACAGGUUACCUGAUGCUGUAUCAUAAAGACGCCCAGAACGUGUUUCGCAACUGCUGA